AUGGACGCCACAAAGCAAGAGGUUACAAAGAUUGAAAGUGAUGACACUUCUUCAUCAGUCGAGAUCAAAGUGCUGCUAUUUGCGAGAGCACGUGAGCUCACAGGCGUGCCGGAUCUAAUCCUCAAGGUGCCGUCAGGUAGUACAACACAGAAAUGUAUGGACGAGUUAGUGGUCAAGUUUCCAAGCUUGGAAGAAGUUCGUAGCUGUGUGGUUCUUGCUUUGAACGAGGAGUAUACGACGGAUUCCGCCAUUGUUAAACACAGAGAUGAGUUAGCUAUCAUCCCUCCAAUAAGUGGUGGCUAG